CCAUGAGGGGUUUCAGCUCUGAAGAGUGGUUUGCUCCAGAGGUGGUAUUUUUUUUUACUUCAUGCUUGUGCGUCUCCAACCAGGAGAGAUCAUCUUAGUGUGGGCUAUUGCAGGGUUGUAAUCAGGCAUUGUGGAGGUGCUCCUUAGGGAGGUUCUGCUGCUUUGAUCUUCAUGUAACAACACCCUGAGAGAGGAAACAGUGUCCCAGGAAAGUGUUUCCUGAUCUGGCAGCUGCUGCUGAUUAUGUUAGGAGAAAUGCCUACAGUCAUUCUUGAUUAGGGCAAUCAUUCUUUUCACCUAAAUUAAAGGGCCUCUUUAAAGUUUCAAUCUGAAAUCUACAACUGUCUUACUACUGAGUUCAUGUGAUAAGGUCUCACUUGGUGAUUAAACCUUAGCCAGCCCUUAAAAGUUAUAAACUUCAAGUCACAAAACUGCAGUGGAACUUUAAGCAUAUCUCUUGUCCAGUCUAUUUAAUUGUAUUCAUUUCUUCAGGCAAAAGGGAAGCUAAAUUAGUGAAGUACUCUGAAUUCCUCAGCUAGGAAUGAAAACUGCAGUAAUGAAGCAGCUGCACCAGUCUUCAACAGAAAAGCAAUAAAUACUUUAUGAAAUGAGUAGAUGGGUCUGAUAGGGACCUCAUACCACAGUAAGUAGAUUUGAAGGAGCUUUUCAAAUUGACCAUUUGAGACCUGCCAGUAUAACAGUCUAUUCUUUGACUAUCUGACUACUGAACUUUAGAAGAUCUGUGUUAAAAAUGGAUUUUGAUGCUUCUUUUUAUUCAUAAAACCUGUCUUCCACAGGAUUUUACAUUGUCUAUUUCCACACAUCCUUCCAAAACACAUCUCCAGCUUCCUCAAGGAGCCGCCACUGAACUCAGUCAUAUUUUUUCUAUUGUCUCCUAAGGAAAUGAAGCAAGAUUUUACUGCAUCCAGUGGAGUUUACACUUCUUCAAAGUCAUGUAUAUAUCCAUUUGGUAUCAAUACUUUUCUGCAGUUUGAAAGGUCUUUUUCUCAGUAGAGGUGUGUUCUCUUUUAGGUGACUGCAUGCUAGAAAGCAGACUGGGCUUGCAUUUCUUUACGCACUGCAAAGGGUUUACAAUAAUUUAGUUAAAUCUUCAUAUACAGUCUAUAGGAAAUACAUGGGAAGAGAUUUUAUUCGUGGUCUUGUUGCUUUGGAGUUUUUGAUUUUUUAAUUUUUAUAGAUUUUAGAAGUAGUUGUGCAGUGAAUGUAGCUUUAAAUGUACCUGUAUUAUAUCCCUUACCCUUAACACAGUAGUUCCACAUUUUACCUCAUUCCAUAUCAAUCCUUCUAAAUUCUGUUAGCAUGUUUAGUCUUCUUUUCAAGGUAGAAUUGUAGAAAACUUGAUAAGGCCUGGACCAGAAGCUUUCACACAGACACAGCAACCUUCAAGCCUAGAAAUUUGGAGGAACUCCAAGGACUGUACGUGCUGCAAAGUAGAUGAAGAUGAGGAAGAAGGGGUCCUAAACACCCCCAGACUCAGUUCCCAAAGGGUGUGUCGAGCGGCAGAACGGGGCAGAACUGGGGGAUGGACAGAUUGGGAUUGGAUGGACAUCAUUUUAAAUUCAAAGAACCUGUGUUCAAACGGGCAUGUGGUAUGUACUCCUCUAGGCCUAAGGACUCAUUAAAGGACCAACUCUCUUUAUGUAACCUCCUACCUAAUUUGGCCUGCAGUCAUUUUUUCCUCUGCAGGAGGAAAACAGUUUGGCACUCUGAAAGACAGAAAAGUGGGAUCUUUGACUCCCCCAGAUCGGGAAACAUAAUUCUGCAGGAAAUUCUUCUUCUGCUGGCAUAUUUUGGAGAAUUCCCGCACCGACCUUGAGAAGCUCAGCUCCUCAGAAACACACACAUGGAGCCCGGAACGGAGGAUAUAGAUGGUGGCCCGGAGAGGGCUCUGGAGAAGAGCCCGUUCCAGAUGACGGUCGACGAUGUCUACUGCAUCUCGACCGUGCUGGGCUGGGACUUCGUGCAGCUCAGUCUCGGGCCCAAUUUCGCCGCUGCCCGCGCCCAGCUGCAGUUCAGGGUGCUGCGAGUCCUGGAGAUGCUGGAGGCGCUUGUGAGCGAGGGCAGCGCGGCCGGGGAGCAGCUGCGGCGGCAGCGAGAGGCGUUGGGGGGGACAGCCCCGGGCUGUCCGGCAGCUGAAGGCCAGAGACCUGCGGCAGGCGGGGCCGGGGCUGCCCCUGCGGACACCGCGGACACCGCGGACACGAGUGGUCCUGCCCUGGGCCGCCCCAGGGCCCGCCCCGCAUCCAGAGUCGGCACUGCCCGGCCCACUCGAGCUCCUGGCUCGCACUUGUUGCUAUAGCAACAGAGUCCAGGACUAGUAGAAAACCGGGAAAGAUACUUUAUGCAACAGCGAGAAGAGAAGCUCAGAAUGAAAGCUUGCCAGAGGCUGGCACUGUCCCCGUCCCUGUGGUGAACUGCGGGAGGGUUCCCAAAGGCAACCCGGCAGGAAUAGACACGGUAUGAAAGGCUGAGCGACUGGCGAUGUCCCAUGGACUGGCGGGCCAUCGCUGUGGUCCCUCCCCUCGCCCGCUGGACUGGUUAACACGAAAAGUGUGGGGGAAGAAGAGCUAGCUAUAUUGCCCCCUGUGUGCUCUAGGCCUGUUUCAGGCUCACAGCCUGUGGGUACUCCUUCCCUCUGUGUCCCAAUUGAGCUCAGAGGACUGUGGCAAAAUCAGAAGGGGGGACACUGUUUUGCUCUCAGUGUGAACUAACAAUUUAUCACAAGUUGACUGUUUGCAGAAAGUCUAUUUUAGCAGACAAACCUGGGAACUGUGCCAUCAGAACUCAGACUGAAAUUGGUAUGGAUGAAAACAACUUUUGUGCAGAAGUGAACAAAUGCCUUAACAACUGCAAGUGAGAUACACCAGAACAAGAGGUUUUGGACUGUAAUAAGUAAACAAGAAAAACCAAUACGGAAAAGCUUCUAUCACAGUUAAGAACUCUGGUAAGAUCAGCCUGUGAUCUCCAAAGGUGGUGCACAUACAAGAAUCAGACUGCAAUUUGAAUAAUACUGUCAGAACAUUAGAUAGUACCAUGACUAUUGUGUUUGGUUUUGUUAUCUUCUGUCCUGUGUUGCUUUUAGGCUUCUCUUACUGUUAGUUUAAUUGCAGAAAAAUCGAAAGCUUAUGUUGCUUUUGCUACACUGAUUGCUUUAAAGUUUGCAGUGUUCGUAUUUGUAAAUGUUCUGUCCCAGUAGUUAACCAGCAUUUUGAGAACACCGUUUGGAAUAUCUGCACCUCUUUGGCUACUGCAGCCUGUGAAAGGGAUUCCUCCUGAAGGAGAUGGUUUGGUAGAGAAAUCCACAUAGGAUUUCAUGUGAUUGUGAGAUCAAAUUUAUGUACCUCAUGCCUCUAAAAUGCUUUUGUGUCCAGUGUCAUCUAGGAGUGUGUGAAUGCUGAGUUUCACAGAAGAAAAGUCCUGUGUUAGGAUGGAAAGGGGGGUGAGAAAGUGGCUGCAGCACUGGUUCUGUGGACCCUCCCAUGGGACCCUGAGACCUGACUCACAUCUUGCCGACAAUCUUUGAGACAAACUGGUAACAUCAUUGUUGGGACAAUUUGUUAAGUUCACUUAAAUGGUUUGCUUAGAUUGUUUCCUAGCUUUAUUGUAAUACAGCUGUUUUGUUGGUGUUCACAUAUACAUAAGUGCACCUAACCCAGUAUCCGAGGAUGCUUUUAUCCAUGGAGGUGAGAGGUACUUGCCCUGCCACUCCAUGAGGUAAAGAUGAUCGACUGCAGUCUAGGGCAGACUGUGACAGGAUGUCCUUUCCCCAGUAAGGCCUGGAAUCUGUCUGGAGAGUGAAAGCUCUCUGUGAUGAUCUACUGGCACUGCCAGAGAGCUAUCUGGUGUUGCAUUCAGACGCAGCCUGCUUUUGGUAAGCUCCUAAAUGGCCUACAGAUCUGUGACCGGCAGUUAAUCACUAUAUGUUAUAAAAGCUCAACUUCUUCUCACACAGUCAAGAUGCAGGAAUUCCAAGAUCUAGGGUUCCUGUGAGAUUGUCAUCGGACAGAGAGUCACACUUCAUUGACUCACAGUACACAAAUAAACAGAGUUUGUCAAGAAACAUCUAUGUUGUGGGUUCAGGCCUUGUCUAUGGCCAUCCACGUACAGUCUAAGGCGCAAAACAACAUAAUCCCUAUUCAUUUAAAGGAAGGUUAAUUUGCAAAACUGGUUACUGGUUUAGGCUCUGCUUUGCAGGAACUGCGGAGAUUCAUCGUGUCAUCUAGACCUAUGGGACUGGACAUUCCUGUUCAUCUGUUCCAGCCCAGAAACAGCCUAUGCUCAACAGUGGGACUGAAAGCCCUGCAAGCCAAGCAGAAACAACUAUUUCAAGUUCUGCUGACCAUCUCCAUCAGUUCAGAGUUGUUGGUAGAGAACCUUGGAUUCUCUACCCAGAGGGAAAAAGGCCUCUGUUCCUGACCCAAGUGGAACAAUGGAAACUGUUACAAACUGUUAAAAUGAUGUUUGCACUGUUUUUCUCUGUGCAUUGUGUGAUACCACCAGUUGUAGGAGAAUUAGAGACCUUUUGGGUUAAGGCAGGAGGGAACCAGCUGGUGGGAAUUUGAGGAGUCUCAAGGACUAAGUGUUUUGAGAACAUGACAAGGACUGGACAUCUGCAGGAAUGAGAAAAACAGCACCUUCAGAUGGGAGUUUGAGCUGGACCUGCCAGGAGGCAUGUAAAUAGAGUAUUGUGGUUAGAUUUAGAAGGAGAAGAAUUUAGAAAAUAAGAUAUGUUGGCUAGCCAAUAAUAAUCGUGUGAACAGUGUGUGUUUUGUGUGCGUGACCAAUAAUAGGUUAAGUAGUCAAAUAUGUGGUAGUUAUUGAAUUGUAUAAAAAUAAGUGUAAUUUCCAAUAAAGAUGAA